GAAGUCCCAUCGCUGUGCAAGACUUGACUCCAGAAUGGGUCAUUAUUGUAGACACCCGAAGAAGCGGCCGGGGAAACAAACCCAGAUAGGAUUAUCAGAUUGACGCCGCCGAGGUACCGAAUGAUAGAUGUCUCUGGUUUAAACUCACCUUACGAGUGAAACCGCGGACAUUUUCCUGCUCAGACCGACGUUUGGAGAGCGCCGAGCGGCCAGUUUGACCGUCGUUACCUUCUUAUUGUUGACUGCUGCCGUUUGAACAGAAGCUAGGAUUACAUUGGUCAGUAAGUGGCAUAAACUAUGAUCGCUGAUGGUGGUGCAUUGUGUUGGGAUUCCGGGGCCUUUUGUCAGUAAGUCCUCCAAACCAGCGGGAUUUUGGAUAAAAGCGAUCCUCUUCAUUCACAGCAAUGGUGAGGCAUUCAGGGGGCGCAGGAAUACCUAACACCAAAGCAGAGUUUGAGUUACUUGUUGAAUGGAACAUUUGGAGAGCUGUGAGAAUGGAUAACCUUUGCAGAGAAUUGGAGUUUGUCCCUCACAUCAGACAACAUAGAUUUUUCUCUAAUUAUUGAACUGGAGUCUUCUGAAUCCUUUGUUAGAGUGGAACAUGUAAAAAGGAUAAUAUAGUGGUACUGUGGAACUGUCAAAGUCGUCCAUACUCCUCAAAAUCUUCACCUUGAUUCUUCUGAUACAAUGAUGGGGAGAGGCACAAUGUCAAAGUGCCUCAGGACUGCUUGGGUGUAACUAUUGUGGGAAAGCAUCUGGAGUGCGGGGGUCCACCAGCACCAUGGACUACCACACUGAAUGCUGCCUCUGCAACCCUGAGGAUGGUCCAGGAGGUCUGGAAGAGCUACUUCUUCACAACAUCCACGCUCCCAACCGGAUCCGGCCGUCCUCAUACAGAGCCCUAAGGAGUGCAGUGUCCAGCCUGGCCCGCAUUGAUGACUUCUUCUGUGAGAAGAUUGGCUCAGGCUUCUUCUCUGAGGUUUUCAAGGUGCAGCACCGGAUCACAGGCCAGGUAAUGGCUCUGAAGAUGAAUACGCUGGCAAGCAACAAAGCUAACAUGCUCCGAGAAGUGCAGUUGAUGAACAGACUUUGUCAUCCCAACAUACUCAGGUUCCUCGGGGUUUGUGUUCAUGAAGGCCAACUCCACGCUUUGACUGAGUACAUAAAUGGAGGCAACUUGGAGCAGCUGUUGGACAGUGACCUGUGCCUGUCAUGGAGCGUGAGAAUCGGUCUGUCUCUGGACAUUGCCCGAGGACUCAAGUACCUGCACAGCAAAGGCAUAUUCCACAGAGACCUCACCUCCAAGAACUGUCUGGUUCGCUGUGAAAAUGGGAUGUUCACCGCUGUGGUUGGAGACUUUGGACUGGCAGAGAAGAUCCCUGAUUACAGUGAUGGUUUGGAAAAGCAGCCCAUGGCCAUUGUGGGCUCUCCAUACUGGAUGGCCCCUGAAGUUCUGCGAGGAGAGUUGUAUGAUGAGAAGGUGGAUGUGUUUGCAUACGGCAUCAUCUUGUGUGAGAUCAUUGCCCGGAUUGAAGCUGAUCCAGACUUCUUACCAAGGACAGAGGACUUUGGUCUGGACGUGCAUGCAUUCGAGAACAUGAUUGGGGAUUGCCCAGCAGCGUUCUUCAGCCUGGCCGUGACCUGCUGUAAUAUGAGUGCAGAACGACGCCCCUCAUUCUCUGAUAUUGUCUUUAUGUUGGAGUCCAAGGGAGGGGAAGACAAGCGGAUGCCCAUCACUCUUGAGCCAGUGAUGGUAAAUGUCAGUCCAUACCGGUGCAGCAGUUCCCCCUGUCAUCCUGGAGACCAUAGUCAACCAAGAAAGGGCCUUGCAAGGAGCCAGUCAGACAUGUUGCCGCCAGCAACCCUGACCUCCCCACUCCUUGGAAAACCUGCGCGAGUCAACCCCUUCUCUCUUAGAAGGGACCUAAAUGGUGGCCGGUGUAAACUCUUGGACACACCAAGCAAAUCUGUCAUCUCCCUGACCUUCACUCUGCCAGCACUCCGUGAUCCUUGUGCCUCCCCACGCCUACUCAGAGGUACAUCAGGGAUACAAGCUCCUCCUAGAAGGUGCCAGUCACUCCCCUGUACGCCAAAAAUCAGCCGGACUGCAGCAUUCCCCUGCAACACUGAACAGGAACAGGAGCAGAUUGGCCGGGUGGCAGGAAAUAAGGGUGCUUCUGCAGGUGAGGAGAAGGUGUGGAUGUCAGAGAGGCUGGAGGAACGGCUGGAUGGACAGCAUUUGGAUAAUACUGAUAAAAGACACAAAGAUAAGAAGAUUGAAGAGGAUUCUGGUCUUCCCCUUGAGCUGGAGAUGGUGUCUCUGGGGCGGCUGGACGAGGAGGAGAACAAUGAGGAGACCGUCUGUCUCACUGAACUUAUGGACUGCACCAAAUCUCCAGAACCAGAAGAAAGAAUCCUGAACUCCACACCUCUAAAACCACUGCUCACCUCUGUCUGUCAUUCCUCCUUACAGACCAAAGGUUGGCAACUCCCCAUCUCCAAUGAACCAAAUUAUUUUCCUGCACUGCCAAGGCUGGAUAACAACAAUCUCUCUGAGCUGGUGAUUGGCCAGCAGGUGCAGUGGGGGGGAGGGCGACACUCUAAUGACCCCAGUGAAGGCCAGGUCCCAUCCUCUGACCUCACUUGUUCCUUAGAACGAGAUGAGCUCAUUUCCUGUCCAAGCUGCUGUUUAGUGGGUUUGAGCUUCCCCUUAGUGUGCCUCCGUGGUUCAGCUGCUGUGCUGGUAUCCCGCCAAAGGGCUUCUUUGCCCCGACAGCGGCAGUACCAGAACCUCAACGGUACAAUAACCGGUAGCAAUGCUUCCUCAUCGGCAACUACCACCGCAGCAGCCAAAACGCUCCUGUGUCAUAGCACCAAUGGACUUGUGAUGGCAGACCAGUCUGUAUCAUGUGAGCCCAGUCUGUCCCUGCCAGAGGCACAGUCAUAAAGCUCACCCUUCAUACAUGCACCAGCACUAUGCUAAAAGCUGAUAGUCUGGGAGGUAAAAAGAGGUAAAUGUUUAGAUUGCCACCAUGUGGGGAUGGAGGAUAAAAUACAACACUCACUGUGGCAGUAAGGAGCAAAGUGUCACAACCAAGGAGAUGGCUGAGUCCAGAGAAGGUUCAGAGUAAAAGUGGUCAGUAACACUUCUGGUCUAUAAAGCAGAAUAAUGCAUGGUCCAACUUUCCUCAAACUAAAUCACUAUAAUUCAACAGACUGUCUUAAUGAGGUCAUAUUCUAGUUUAUUGUAAACUGGAUGGUGUUUUCCCUUAGCUAGAAGGUUUAUCUCCUUAAUGUUGCUAAGCCACCGCAGUUUUCACUUCCUGCUUCUUCAGCUUAGCAAUGCUGUGCCCUGUAACAGUCAGGUUAAGUGACAGAGGUGAAUCUGUACAGGACUGUUUGCUGCAAAACUUUAUACCUCAUUUUGCUUCUGUUUUUCUAGAGGAAAUUUGGACGAAAAUUGAGUCAACACUGCAUGGCAGUUAUGGCAGCGCCCUCUGCUGACUCACUCACACAGCAGCAUGGCUCCACCUAAUGUGUUUUUAUCCUGGUUUCACAAAUUUACUGCAGCUGCCAAAGGAAUAUUUAUAGACCUCACAAAGUUUAUUCUUUUUACAUUUUUCUAAUAACCAACCUGUGUGUGUGUGUAAGACAAACUGACAUCUGUUGAUGUGAAGGGUAAUUGAGAGAAGAGCUUUUAUUGUUAACUUCUUAUUUUUGGACUUGAGUUUGAAGCGCUUUGUAAUAAAACCGCAGCUGUUUCCAUGCUGUCCUUCUGACCUCCAUCUGGCUCAACAAACUCCACACAGUUCAUCUUUGUAACAGUGGCAUAUAAAGCAGCUCCGAGUAUUUAUUCUAAACAGCACCUCACACACUGUGUGUGUGCUAAAUGUAAAGUGUAAAGUGGACUGAUUGAUACUUGCAGAUCAUUUUCUAAUUUCUAGGCUUUGUUUUCAUGUUUUUGUUUCUGUUAGACAGCUUUAGAUUUGUGUGCAGUCACCUGAUAAUAAACUUAUUAUGGCAUAAA